CCUGUUUCAGUCUUAAAAUCGUAUAUAAACAUGAGAUAACAUUAUGGUUAUAUAGUUCUUCGUUAACAACCUAAACGUUGUGUACUAAUGUUGAAGAUGAGACUUGGUUUUGUUCUGAUAUGGCUUCUAGUCAAUGUUAAACACACAUACACGCUGGACUGUUUAAGCUGUACAAGCACUAAUACAAAUGCAAGCUGUAGCACAACUGUUACAUGUAAUGCACAGCAGUCUUGUUUUAAGGACGUAUCUGCUCACGUGACAGUACAUGGAUGUAUAGAUAAUACGAAAUGUGAUUUAUCCGCCGGAUCGAAUAUUAUAGGAAGAUCCGUGGAAGAUGUUCCGGCAAAUUGCCACGAAUGUUGCUCUACAGACAGAUGUAAUGAAAACUUGUGUUCACAUCCGGCACCUGCAGUGUGUGCAAACGACGAGUCGGUCGAUUGUUCUCAGUUAAAUUCAUUGUUUGGCGUCUGUAAAGACAAACAUCACGCGAAAACUGUGUGCGCUAAAUUCUGUGGACUAUGCAAUCUUGUUGAUGGCAAUUGGGCGGCGUGGUCCGCUUGGUCAAGUUGUGACGUCACGUGCGGAAAUGGCGUCAUAUCCCGUACUCGCACCUGCACCAAUCCGGCGCCACGUGAUGGUGGAUAUGACUGUGUAGGAAAAAGUUCUGAGACCAUGACAUGUAGAAGUGGUAUAUGUCCUGUUAACGGAGGAUGGAGUGGAUGGGGUAUUUGGGAAUCGUGCUCCGUCACGUGCGGUGUUGGAAUUCAAAAACGACACCGAAGCUGUUCAAACCCUUUCCCGAGUGCCCUAGGUCUUCACUGUUUUGGUGAAGCUAUUGAUGUACAAAUAUGCCAACCAGGUUCUUGUGCAGAUGGAGGCUGGACGAAUUGGAAUUCAUGGACAAAAUGUAGUGCAUCAUGUGGGGGAGGGUUCGAGUCUCGGAAAAGGACAUGUACAAAUCCUGCUCCAUCUGCCCUCGGACGAUACUGCCAGGGCGACUCGACGCAGAUAUCAUCUUGUAACACAGACGCUUGCGCCUCGACGAGUGGUCAAGCUAUUGCUUUUCAAAGUAAAGACUCGGUCAAUGAAACGGUUACUUCAAACCAAACAAUUAUCUUUGGUAAAACGUCAUUAAAUGAAGGUAGUGGUUAUGAUAACACGACUGGAAUAUUUACAGCUCCGAAAGACGGCACCUAUCUCUUCACCACGCAGAUGUGUGUAUAUGGAAAUAACUAUCUGCAUUGGGCAAUAUUGGCUAACGACGUUGCAUUGAAAAAGGGAUAUUUUGGGGAUGGUACUUACAACAAAUGUUAUACAGCGGACGCAGUGGCGCUAUUAAAGACCGGGGACCAUGUCUUAAUACAAUGUACAUCCGGAUCAGCGAAACUAUUACAAGAUGGUGACAAAUGGAACACAUUUACAGGCGUUCUUUUGAAUUGAUAAUUAUUUUUGUAAUGUAUGAUUUGAAAUAAAAAUAAGUCAUUUA